CCGCCGCCGCAGUGCUGCUGCUGUGUCCGACGACCGCAGUGGAGUUUGCUCCGAACGGACCGUGACCAUCGCGCCUGCGUCCACACGUACCACAUACGCACACGCGCACCAGUUGUCUCGCGCGCUGAAGAUAUCAGUCACCUCUUCGACGACGACACACGUUCGCUACGUACGAUCGACGACGGUCUCGCUCGCAUCCGCCGUCGUCCAUGAGGAUACGUGACGCCAUCCGAGAGAUCCACCACCAACUCGCAUCACAGGUCUGAAAUGUCAUCGGAAAUGUUGCGCGUAGAUAAUCUGCGACAAAGGUUGUUCUGCAAUUCCGUCUUGGACACGAAAAGGGAAAGCCGGUGUCCCGUGUGCAACGCCAUGUUUUCGACUACGUACAGUAUGCGUCUGCACUUGCAGACCGUCCACAUGGACUUGAAACCACAAAACCUGACCGCUAAAACGUUUUAUCGCGAGUUCAAUAACAACAACAGCAUAAACAACAAUAACAACAACAACAACAACAACAACAAUAACAGUAGUAAUAACAACAACAAUAAUAACAGCGCGGCAUUCACCGCAAAGUCACCGGCGAAAACGGCUUCGUUCAACAACAGCCCGGAACUCGCCCACGUCACACCGGUCAAGUCUUCGUACAACGGUGACUCGACGUGCAGCACGGACUUUAGCGAUGGAUAUCCGUCCGACAAGGACUCGUAUUUCGGGGGCUCGCCCAAGGAAGAGAUCCCUCUGUCCGUGGCCGGUGGUGGUUUUAUGUCACACUCGCCGGCCAACAAGCGGGGCAGCAACGGUCACAUGAAAGCCAAGCGCACGUACGCGUGCAGGCUGUGCUCGACCGUGUUCGGUAACCUUCGAGCGCUCAAGGGCCACAACUCGUCCAGCCACAACAAGUCCACCAAUGGCAUGUACGCGUGCAAUAUAUGCGAGUUCGCAAGCACUGAAAAGGCGUCGCUGAACCACCACAUGAAGGGCCACACGGGCGAGACGCCGUACGUGUGCAAAAAGUGUUCGUAUGCGUUCACCACAAAAGCCAACUGCGAACGGCACCUGCGCACCAUACACAAGGCAUCCAACGCCGAGGUGAAGGCAUCGAUUCUGUUCAAGAACGAAGAAAAACCGAUUGGGUCGGCACAGUCGACCAAUGACGAUGCGACCGCCGACAAGAGCGAAGAACUGUACCACCACCUGCGCUUGCAGCACCACAAUCAGACGACGACGGACUAUUCCCAGUACGAAUCGUYCGGGCAAAAGAGCUCGGAGGACGACGAGGACGAGUACGACGAGCCGCUGGACCUGAGCAUGAAGCGUUUCAAACAGGACUUGGAAUGCGAGCCGCAAGAUUUGUCCAUCAACAACAAGAGUUCGUCGUCAUCCGCCGCCGCCGCCGUCGUAGCCAGUGAUCUCACGGACGAGGAGGACGCCAAACAGACCGCGACGAUGGCGUUCCGCGAGCAAUUCGUGCCGCACGCCCCGCCCGGUUUCAUGGACCUGUCGUUACCCACGCCUUUGCACGCGUAUUUCCUCAACGAGCACCGCAUGUUCUUCAACGGGAUGUACCCGGCCGCAGAACGCAUGUUACCCAUACCACUAACCGUCGACAUGAUUCGCGCAAUGCGGCAGAUGAACGAACCGGUGGUCGUCCCGGCACAAGAGUCGGCAGACACCGUUGUACCGCCAAAGCCGGAGACCCCCGAGCCCGCUGCCUUGCCGCCUCCGCCACCGGCACCAACGUCCGUGGACGUUGCGCAGAAACCAAACAAGGACAGCAACGGGUUGCGGUUGGUGAUGAAAAACGGUAUUUUGGUGCCCAAGCAGAGACGGUUCAGGACGGACAGGCCUCAUGUCUGCGAGACGUGCAAACGUGCGUUCACGUUGAAAUCCAACCGCGACCGACACGUAAAAAACCAACACCCGACCGAUUGGCACAAGAAACCCAGGUCGUUGUCGUCCAAGUCAGAACCACAGUUCUCGGCCGUCAAACAAGAACAGCAGGACACGUCGCCGAUAUCGGAUCAAGUGAAAAUGGCCUUGUCGCUAAAAUGUCGGCCGUCAGAACAGCUGCUGCGCACCGAAGAGGAAGUGGACGAGGAAGAAGAAGAUGACGACGUAGUGGAGGAGGAGGACAAACUCGUCAUAGUAGAAGACGGCGUUGAGCAAAACAAACCCGCCGGGGUCAAAGAAAAGUGCGCAGAGGUCAAAGAGGAAUCCGCCGAUCUGGUCAGUGUCUCCAGACUGCUGGACAACGCUUCGCACCAGACAUUUCCGCAGUUCACCAGAUCCGACGAGGACCACAACGAGGUGACAAGCAGUGAAGAAGAACACAGCGAGGCUGCUAGUUAUUCCGAAAACGACGGUUCUAGUAUCAACGCCGUCAACAACAACAUAGACAUAAAUUUCAACACUGACAAGGACGAGAACAGGGAGAAGCGGAAGAAGGUCAGUGCUUACGCGGCCGCGCCCAACAGAGUGUUGUGCCCGUUCUGUUACCUGUCGUUCCCGUGGACUUCAUCACUGAAAAGACACAUUCGCACGCACACGGGCGAAAAACCGUACCAGUGCAAACACUGUCCGCUGUCGUUCUCGACCAAGUCAAACCGCGACCGACACAUCCUGCGCCUGCAUUGCACUCCGCCMAGCAAGUCGGCCGCGUCGUCCGACAACGAGACGACCGCCGUGGCGCCGACCGACGCCAAGAACGCGUACAAAUGCACUUCGUGCCCGAACGUGACRUUUUCCAAGCGGAAGAACCUGAUCAGCCACAUCAAUCGGGUGCACUUUGACAAGAACGGCGGCGGCGCGGGAGAGGAUGACGAACGAGGCGGUGACGGCACCGAGGACGACGGUGGYGAGUCGGAACGCGACUACUCGAUGACCAUGUUCAACGGAUGGUGCGGCAACAACGCGGCCACUGCGACCACCACCACGGCCAACACCACAACCCCGACAUCAGCCACCGCCGCCGCCACCAAUACCACCCCGUCCAACACGGUCACCGGAUCCGAACCGUGUUUCAAGUGUCAUCUGUGCGACAGCAGCUACCUGGACAGGCAGGGCGCUCUGGACCACAUCCGGAUUGACCACGCAGAGUGUUACGAGAUACUGGUAUCGCAGGGAGCCAUGGACAACGACCAUGACUCGUCGGCCGUCAAACAAGACGACGUGGAAAACAGGAAGGUGCUUUGCGCGUUCUGUCUGCACCGUUUCUACUCGGCCGAGGACCUGCGCCGGCACAUGCGCACCCACACCAAGGAACAGCCGUUCGCGUGCAUGUCGUGCAAGCGCCGGUUCACGUUGAAGCACAGCAUGGUCCGGCACAUAGCCAAAAAGCACGGCGGUUGCCAAGACCAGCAGUACGGGGCCGGCGGCGCUGGGGCAGGUAGCGACCACGAACGAAGGUCGGCCAGUCCUCCGAGCACGCCUCCGCCGAACGGUUCGGUCAACGGUUACGACGACUGCUGCGGCAGCCGGACCGACACGGGCCUGAUCGGCACGCUGCUCGGCAUCCGCGACAGCACCGUCAUCGAUCAGGUGUUGCAGACAAAGUCGCCCGAAGACGCGGCCAAAAUGCUGGGAAUCAAAAGCAGCUGCAGCGACUAGAGGCCGUGGUGGUCGGUCCACUUGUGUAUGAUGAUUUUGUCAAUAAUUUUACACACAUAAUAUUACUAUUAUAAUUAUUAUGAACCAAUACCUAUGCAUAGAGAGAGAGAGAGAGAGAGAGAGAGUGAGAGAGAGCGUGUGUGUCGUCGACGGUAGACGACGACUAUAAUAUCAUAGUGUUAAGUAAAUAUUAUUAUUAUUAUUAUUUUAUCAUAAAUUAUAUUAUAAGAAAAUACGCGUUUUGCCGUAUAUUACUAUAUAUACUCCAAUCGUGUUAUUGGCUGACCGUUGUUGCCUUAUUAAAUUUUAGUCGAUAUUAUUGUAAGAAUUGGCCUCUGAGCGUCUACAAUAAAUAUCAUUAUUAUUAUUAUCAUUAAUUUUAAGAACGUAAAUUGUAUUUCAAACUGUUUAUCAUUGAAACGGUUUCUCGGAUCCGUUGUGUAUCGUUAGAGUAGUUUUAGUAUUUUAGGCGAGUUUAGUGGUAUAUCAUAGUUGUUGGUAUCGUCAGUAGUGUAAUGGACGAGACCGAGUCGGUACCCAAAAAUGAGAGACUGCGUUGGCGUUUCUUCUUUUCGAUACCGACUCGAUCUCCUAAGUCGUUUUUGACGUCUACGGCAUUUAAAACCCACCAC